GAACCAGAGCAAGGCACCAGAUUUCUUUCCUUCAACACAAAUAAGUUUAGUAUGCUGCGACACAUUUCAGCACAUCGCUAAGGCCGACAUCCGAAGAUGAUAUCCGGUCUCCAUCAUUCGCCGAAUGUUUCUCAAAAGGCCAGACUUGACUGCUGGCUCUCGACCAACCCUCGCUCAAGAUGAAUCCUUGCUCGUAGUUCAGGAUAACGUUGGACUGUAUGAAGGGAAAUACAAAAUUGCUAGCUGUCAAAAAGGACAUGCCUAUCUGACAUCUCAUCGAGCUUGUUAUGUGGACGACUCAGAUCCCCGGGCCAACUCUUGGGCUAUAGAUCUCAAAGAUGUCGAAAGACACGAAUUUCAGGCUGGAUUCCUCAAGUCUUCCGCAAAGAUUACCUUAUAUCCCAAACCUCUAAGACGAGGUUUCCGCAGCUUAAGCAAACCAGGUGUACCACAGUCACCACAAUUCCAGAAGGUUGUAUCGGCGUCCUCACCGGCUUCUCGGUCAUCCAGCCCGUUUCGCCCUUCUGCUGUGGCUGCGCCAACGCCUCCGGUGGUGAUUGGGACUUGGGUAUGUCCCAUCUGCUCAUUUUCCAACCCUGUGCCGUCCAACUUCGAUCCCACGAUUGCUACGGAAGCAUUUCCGUUGCCACCAUGCCUCGCUUGUGGCAUAAAGCCUCCUUUUGCCCUUGUGCUCAAGGCCGCCAUUGCUGCGAAUGCGAAGCAUGGUCCCGAGGAUCAAGGUCCCUCUAGCAAAGCUCGAGGCUCCGAUGCGCCCUCAACGGUCGAACAGGGUUCUACGAACGACGAUGGAGACUCUUCGCAGGAGAUAACCUGUCCCCGCUGCACCUUUCAUAAUCACCCCGGAAUGCGUAUCUGCGAGCUUUGUUCUGCGCCAUUACCUGUCCCAAGCUUUGUUCAAAGAAUGGCUUUUGAGGACGCCGGCACACGUUCAGCAUCUCCUGGACCAGAAAUAUCCGGGUUGACACUAGAGGAAGAACACGAGCCCCUCAGUGUCAAGUUCUCUUUCCGCAAUGGCGGCGAUCGAGUGUUCUACGAGCGUUUGAAGAAUGCUAUCAUACAGCGGAAAUGGCUACUGCAGAAUGCACCACCAAUCCCUAGAACUGACAACGACCGAUCUCCGACACCAGGCGCCAGCGAUAGUCCUGGACGAGUUACCGCUCCCAGAGCGGCUGCCGUUGGAAUUGCCGGACUCGAACAGCGCGGUUUGCAGACUCGGAAGCAAAAUGAAGCAGUACUUGGUGGGGCCUUCGAGGACUUGGAAGCUCUGAUGGCAUCGGCGAAGGACAUUGUUGCUCUAGCUGAACGGUUUGCCGAAGAUUCAGGGUCAGCUGCUUCUGAUCCUCUGCUCUCACAGUCGGCCGCCGCACUCGGUAUGGUCACAACCAAAGACAUACUGGGAGACAGCUCGAAUACACUCUACAUCUCUGAAUUGGCAAGGAACCUGGCCGAAUACGUCACGGAUGACAGGAGAGGGAUUCUCCGAAGCCAAGGCGGCACCAUGAGUCUAGUAGACUUGUGGUAUAUGUUCAAUCGGAGCCAGAACGGUGUCGAAUUGGUUAGUCCUGCGGAUUUUGUGAAAGCUGCAGAAGCAUGGGACAAGCUAGGACUUCCAGUCAAGCUGCGAAAGUUCAAAAGCGGUCUGUUGGCAGUACAACGGCGAGAUGCUAGCGAUGAGAAGACCAUCAAGCAGUUGAGUGAUUGGUUGCACUCUUCGCGAAAGCUCCAACCGGAGCAACCGCCCCCAUGGGAUUGGGCAUAUUAUGGCUUUGGAGUUACUGCGCAGCAAGCCGCCGCCCGGUUUGGAUGGAGCCUGGGUGUUGCGACAGAAGAGCUCGAAAUGGCCGAAGAAAGGGGGGCGUUAUGUCGAGAAGAGGGUAUUGAAGGACUCAAAUUUUGGCUCAACUUCCUGACAGAAGAUGAAGAACAGGUGUAUGUAUAUAUACAGCCCUAGAUUUACUCAUGUUUGCAGUAUGUUUUUGCGAGAACAUGUACCCAGUAUGAUAACCCCUAUUUCUAUGCACUUUUACCACCCAUAAGGCUCCGCGCCGGCACGUGUACUUAAUGACUGCGCGCCUGUUCC